AUGGGUCGGCUCGACCGGAGUGAUACCACGGCCUCACUGGAAACCGGCGUGAAACAACCACAACGUUGUUUUUCGCCGUGGUGCGUGAGGUUACCAGAGGCCCAAUUCCUCUCCCUCUCCUUAUCACUAAAAUAUAUCCUAAAAUAUCCGAAACCCCAUAAGUCCGCCAACGCACUCCUAACUCCAUUGGUGUGCCGAUUGCUUACCAUCAGAGUGGCGCCGUCAUCUAGUGCAAGUGCAGUGAGGUGCAGUGGUGUGUGCGAGCGCGCGUGGGUCGACUCGGCCACGGCGAGCGAGGUGCGCGGAGGUGGCGGCGGCCGCGCGGCCAUGACCGGCGACAUGCCUCUAGGGAGCGCGCACGCGUUUGGGCGCGCGUUGCUCCGGGACGGGGCGCUGCCGCCGCUCGAGCCGGGCCCGCCCGCACCACCGGCCAACAACGCGCAGCCGCCCGACAAGCGGCCACCAGCGGCGGCCGCUAGCCCCGAGCAGGUCAUGAAGCUCUACAUGAGCAAACUCACCCCCUAUGAACACCGUGAGAUAUUUGAUUACCCCCAAGUGUACUUUAUAGGCGCGAACGCCAAGAAACGUCCCGGGUUGGUCGGGUUUCCGAACAAUUGCGAUUACGACAACGAGCAAGGCUCGUACAUCCACAUACCGCACGAUCACAUAGCAUACAGAUACGAGGUGCUCAAGGUGAUCGGCAAAGGUAGCUUCGGCCAGGUGGUCAAAGCGUACGACCACAAGAAGCGCGAGAACGUCGCACUGAAGAUGGUGCGCAACGAGAAGCGGUUCCACCGCCAGGCGCAGGAGGAGAUCCGUAUCCUGGAGCACCUCCGCGAGCAGGACAAAGAUAACACGAUGAACGUGAUCCACAUGUUUGACUCGUUCACGUUCAGGAACCACACAUGCAUCACAUUUGAGUUAUUGUCGAUCAACUUGUACGAGCUGAUAAAGAAGAACAAAUUCCAAGGGUUCUCGUUGCAGCUCGUCCGUAAGUUCUCGCAUAGCCUGCUGCAGUGCCUGCACGCGCUCAACAAGAACCGGAUCAUACACUGCGACAUGAAGCCGGAGAACGUGCUGCUCAAACAGCAGGGACGCUCUGGAAUCAAGCUGUGUGCGUGCGGUCCCGAUCAGCUGGCCACACCCGCACCCCUAUUUACCAACCCAAAGUAA